AUGGAAGACCUCCUAAUGGAUGAUAGCCCUACCAAGCCACAACAGCCACACCAGCCCUUUCAAUACUCCACCGGGUUUACUUCUUUUGAUGGUGCAGCAGACCCCCAGCCGGAGGAAAGUGAACAGAGCACGGACGACUCGGGGCCCUUGACACCUACCCAGGACACAGAUCCAUUCGACGAUAGUGAUGAUGAUGUCCAAGUCAUCAAGCCCUAUGACAUUGAGGAGCCCGACGAUGAGUUAGAAUCUAGCUUGCAAAGGGUAGAUCGACUGUGUCUCCCAGAUCGGUUCGAACGGUGGCAGCGUGACUUGACGGACUAUCUGGAUGAUCUGGACGACCAACCAGUUGGAUUUAAUAGCAAUACAACACGCUCGAUGCGAAAGAGAGGACAGAAGAGAAAACCAACCCACAAUACUACCGCUCUACAGCAGGGCAAUCCACCCCUCAAACAAAGAUAUGCAUCGGCCGAGACCCAGCCUCAAGUCCAUGACCACCAGCCCAAAAGACGAAGGGUUAGCGAACCACCACAGUUGUAUCCUUCAAGCACAGACUCAUUUGGCGGUUUCCGUGAAGCCAACACGAAUGAUAGCUCAAGUUCCGAGACACAGUCGAUGGACCUGAGUGGCAAUGAGACCAUGAAUGACUCGCCCAUGGCCGAUGAGAUGGAUCUCGAUUGA